GACGUUAUGAACAAUUGUUAGAUGGACAAAAUGGUUUGAAAGAAGCAUUGGACAGAGCGAGGCAAAACCGACAACAUGGCAUCACAUGGAAUUCAGAUAUCGAUACAACAUUUUUGAAUCUUAUUCCAUCGCCAGAUCCUUCGUUUUUUACCCUGUCUUCUGAUCCUCCUCCUCCUCCAGCGUCAUCAGCCUAUUAUUCCGUUGAGACGCCUUUGACAAUUUUACAAAGUAGUAUUAAUGGUGGUGGUGUUAGCGGUGUUAGCAGUGUUAGUAGUAGUGGCUCAGGUCGGUAUGGUACUGGAUAUGGUUAUCGUUCACCAGGUUAUUCUCCAGGUCAUCCACAACCACCGAAGCCACCUAAGUCAUCUAAAUAA